GCGCCGCGCGGCCGGAGCGGCCAUGGUGGUGCCGGUGGCGGAGCCGGCCCGGGCCGGGCCCCGGCUGGGGGUGGCGCUGGGGCUGGCGGCGGGGGCCGGCCUCUGCCUCGGCGUCCUCUGGGUCAUCCGCCGCCGCUCCAGGGAGGCGGCGGGGCCGCCCACCCGCGGCCCGGCGGUGCCCGAUGGAGCCGCGGCCAGCCCCGCGCUGCUCCGGCAGGACGAGCAGCUGGAGCUGCUGGAGCGCCUGGACUUCGUGGUGAGCAACGUGGCCGAGCUGAGGAAGGAGGUGGAGGAGCUGCGGAACAGCCUGCAGGACCUGGCCGUGGAGAUCGUGGGGGAAGUCAGGACGCACCUGGAAGAAACCCAGCGUGUGGCUCGCCGGAGGAAGUUCCCCUUCGCCAGGGAGAGAAGUGACUCCACAGGCUCCAGCUCCAUUUAUUUCACAGCCAGCUCAAGGAAUCCCAACACAGACGAUGGAGAGAGUGAAGGGGGUUACACCACGGCCAACGCCGAGUCCGACUACGAGCGGGAGUCGGAGCGGGAGUCGGAGCGGGAGAGCGAGGACGAAGUGAGCUGUGACACCGUGAGGACCAUGCGCAGGGACUCGCUGGAACUGCUCCCCGAGGGUGACAGCUGUGACACCAUGAGGACCAUGCACAGGGACUCGCUGGAGCUGCUCCCCGAGGGUGACAGCUGUGACACCAUGCACAGGGACUCGCUGGAGCUGCUCCCCGAGGGUGACAGCUGUGACACCGUGCACAGGGACUCCCUGGAGCUGCUCCCUGAGGGUGACAGCUGUGACACCGUGCACACGGACUCCCUAGAGCUGCUCCCCGAGGAUGAGAGCCCUCAGCUGCCCGAGGCCUCGCUGGAGGAGGGGCUGGGGCAGCUCCUGGAGCAGGCUGACCGCCUGCACAGCGGCGAUGAGCAGGACAGGAGAGAGGGCUUCCAGCUGCUCCUCAACAACAAGCUGGUGUACGCGGGGCAGCGGGAGUUCCUGUGGCGCCUGGCGCGGGCGCACUGCGACAUGUGGGAGCUGACGGAGGACAAGGACGAGAGGAAGUCCUAUGCCACAGGGGGGAAGGAAGAGCUGGAACUUGCCUUGCAGAAAUGGGAUCAAAGUGCUGAGUGCCACCAGUGGUUUGCCAUCCUUUGUGGGCAGGUGUCGGAGCAGGAGAGCAUUCCCAAGCGCAUCCAGGCUGGCUAUGUUUUCAAGGAACACAUUGACAAAGCCAUUGCCCUGAAGCCACAGGACCCACAGCUCUACUACCUGCUGGGCAGGUGGUGUUACCAGGUUGCCCACCUGGGCUGGCUGGAGAAGAGGACGGUGUCGGCGCUGUUCGAGGCGCCCCUGACGGCCACGGUGCAGGACGCGCUCCAGAACUUCCUGAGGGUCGAGGAGCUGAGCCCAGGGUUUUCCAAAGCAGGAAGAGUUUACAUUGCCAAGUGCUACAGGGACCUCGGGAACGCCUCGGCGGCGGUGCUGUGGAUGGACCUCGCCGCGGAGCUGCCAGGCUACACCAAAGAGGAUGCAGAAAGCGAGAAGGAGCUUGAGGAGAUGCGCUCAGUCCGUGAGGAAUAAUUUUGGAAAAACUCAUCCCACUGCAGAGACAGUAAAAUUCCAAAUGGAUUUCAUGAUCCUGACAGUUCCAAGUACACUUCAUGGAUAAACAACAAGACCUUACAGGAAAACACCCAGCAGCACAUCUGGAAAACAUCUUGGCAUUAACGGGAUAAAACAGUGAUUUAUUUUCCUUUGCAGAGCACUGCAUGUGUUUGAUUUUAGGAUCCCUAAAAAUGUUACAUUCCUGAAAAUAGGGGGGAAUGUGGGGGUUUAUAGGUAGAGUUUGUGAUAUAGAAACAUUUGUGGUUAUAUAUAUGUGUGUAUAUAUAUAUAUGGCAGAUAUAUGUGAGAUAGAUACUUUGUGAUAUAAAUAUGUAUUAUAUAUUUUUAUAUGUGUGUGUAUAAAUAUAUAUAUAUAUUUAUUUAUUUAUAUAUAUAUAUGCACAUAUAUAUUUUAUAUCACACUCUCUACCUGUCAGAAAUCCUUGCUGGUGAGCUCCCAAUUGAUUCCUGAGGAAAAGUUGAGCCAAAUUUUUUUCCAGUUGUAUUUGUAUUGUCUUUUCCAUACUCCUUAAUGGAAUCAGUUGUAAGAA